UAUCCCCUCAGUAGAUGUGACAGUUGAACAAGAUUCUAUUUUUUCACUCUAAUUUUUAUUGCAGGGGUGCAUCUUAUGAUGGCACACAGUCUGAUAAGUAGGUAGGGAGAAACUAGUUCGGCAUUUUAAUUAUUAUCUGUGCAUCUUUACUUGUUACACCCCGUUUAAAAAUAUGGACUCCAGGCAAGGCAGCUACUAUUUGAAUUGAAAAAAGACUCACAUGAUUCUAAUGUUCCAGAAGUACAAAGCACUCUAUUUAAAUUGUUGAAUAAAGAAAUAACCGAGAUGAAAUUGUUACUGUUAGUUGCCUUUCUUUCAGCGAUUGUUAUUUGUAGUUACAGUCAUUCGGCAUUUAUAGCAAGCGAAUAUGACAAAAUGUGUCCGCCUCCUGAACUUGUGUAUCCAUGCGUGUGCGUCGAUAAUCACCAUAAAACCACAGCAGUUUGCAGCAAUUUUACAAAUUCAGAAGACUUGAAGAAUAUUUUUGAUAGGACUCCGGGUUGGAAGCUUCAAGAAGUUCUCAUCGAAAAUUCUGUCAUGAAUUAUAUUCCAUCGGCAGUGGUGGAAGAUCCUCAUUUCAAAAUUUUGAAUGUCAGAUCUACCAUAUUAAUCCAAUUAUUUAAUGAACCACCUGUAACGAACUCUAGAAUCGAUGUAAACUUGCAUAAUGUAACGUUGUUAAGAGGACUCGAUUGGCAUUAUUUCUCAAACAUGAAUAUCAGGGGACUGAAAAUUGACAACUUUCGGAUAAAAAGUUUUGGGAAAACUUUUAAAACCGAAAUUCCGAAAUCUGUAUCAUCCCUGAAAUUCUACAACAGCAAGACGGUUAGCAUCACAGAUAAUGCAUUUUCUGAGUUGGAUCAUUUAGUUAUUUUAGGUAUCGAAAAUGGUUAUAUAAAGACGAUAUCAAGAGAUAUGUUUCCAAGGCCUUGGUGGAUCCAUAUUUGGAGAAUGAGCAAUCAAAGAAUAUCGGUACUACCAGAAGACAUUUUUUCUGACCUACCAAACCUUGCCUUUUUGGACUUUUCAGACAAUUUAUUGACGACAAUUUCAGAAAACUCAUUCUUGCAAGAAAGGAAAGUAUUCUUCUCACUAUCUGGCAACCCAUUCGUCUGCAACUGCAAAAUGAAAUGGAUUCCAGCUUAUGAAAGAACUAAAGAAAGUUCAAUAAUGGGAAAAUGUGCAGCGCCAGAAACUUUCAAAGGAGAACGUUUUACUUAUUUGCAAGAUUCUGAUUUUUGGUACUGUGAGUAAUAAUUAUAAAAAAAGAGACUGUGAUCGAUUAUAACGAUGACAAUGAAUUAAAUAAG